UUUCGUAUUCGCGAGACCUCAUUCCGGACCCCAUCCUGACCGGACCGGGUUGACCUUCCGAUGCGGGGGCGUUUUGUCGCCGUUAUCCAGCUUGCGCCGGGAGACCCUGCGAGAUAGCCUAUAUCGGAGAGAAUUGGGACCGAAAAACAGGUGCUUAAAUCAGAUUGAUCCUACCGAAGUCAAGCUACUUCAACCCCUGAGACGUAAACUGACGGUUUCCUGCUAUCUUCACUUUCUCCGAAAGCGCUGGAAUCAUCACUUUGCCCAACAUUGUCAUUCGCCUUGAGAUAAAAGAUGUCUUCUAGAGAGAAGAGCCCCUUUUGGGUCGAGUCCGAGGAUUGGCAUACCGCCGGCGAGCCUUUCCGCAUUGUGGACAAGCUGCCGCAGGGCUAUCUACCCGAGGCGCAAACCGUGGCCGAUCGUCGUUUCGCUGUCAUCAGGGAUCCCGGCCACCCACUGGAUGAGCUUCGUCAGUCACUAUGCCACGAGCCUCGCGGCCACGCCGACAUGUAUGGAGGUUUCAUCACGCCACCUGAUGACUCUGGGGCUCAUUUUGGCGUCAUGUUCUGGCACAAAGACGGAUUCUCAACUGCAUGCGGGCACGGAACCAUCGCACUGGGGUACUGGGCUGUGACGAAGGGCCUUGUCGAAGCACCCGAAGUGAACGGGGUUGUUGACGUCGUCAUCGAUGUUCCAUCCGGGCGUGUGGUGGCCAGCAUCAGCGUCAAGGAGGGCAAGCCUGUCCAUGCCGACUUUGUCAAUGUGUUGAGCUAUCAGCUUGUCAAGGACCUCGAAGUCAGAAUCCCGUCUCACGAUGCAACUAUCAACGUCGAUCUUGUCUAUGCUGGUGCUGUCUACGCUACGUUGGAUGCAUCUCAGUUCGGACUCGUGGUUGAGCCUAGUAGACACCAGGACUUCAUCAAGCUCGGUAGAGAGAUCAAGGCUUCCAUUGGCGAUAAGGCCAACUACGGCACCUAUGACCUCUAUGGCGUCAUCUUCUACAACGAAGAAGGCGAUGUCAACAACGAGCAAGACGAAGUAAAACAGAGAAACGUCACCGUAUUUGCUGAUGGACAAAUCGAUCGCUCUCCAUGCGGUUCGGGUACCUGUGCAAGACUUGCGGUGCUACUUGCGCAGGGCAGGAUAGCAGCAGGUCGCUCCAAACUCACGCAUAAGUCCAUCGUUUCUACCUGUUUUCAAGCCAAUAUUGUAUCUGAGGAAACCAGUCCUGUGGAAGGCUUCCCGGCAUGUAUCCCUCGCGUCAGGGGACACGCAAAUCUGGUUGGGCGGAUGAACUUCUACAUCGAUCCUUCCGAUCCAGUUUACCCCGGUUUUCUCCUCCGGUAAGGAUAGGACUUUACCGAACCUACUGCGACUUCGGGGCCUCGGGCCCGUCUUGUGGAGCCGAGUACAGCCGCUCCGGACUCCGACUGGAACUUGAGUAAGACGCGUGAGGUGGAGACUUCUUCAUGAGGCUUCCGCCCCUAAUGUGAACGCGACCUACAGUCAUAUCUAUUGAGCCGGUCUGACUUAUGGACGUCACGGUG